CGUGUGCGUUGUCUCCCCCUCCCCGCUACAGGCUACAGUGAGCUCAACGGGAGCGUCGGAGAAAGAGACUCCUCCGCGAAGGGCCUGAAUGCCGGCGAUGCCCCCAGCCCCAUUUCGAGGGUCCCCAAUGGCAGCCAGCCUCCCGGGGACGCUUCCCUGGCGCUUAAGCAGGGCGUGAAGGGGGGCGCCUAUGGGAAGCCGGGGCUCAGGGCCAAGAGCUUUGUCGUGAAAGGCGGCAUGGACAAAAAGAACGAGAAAUAUUACGAGGGCAAGACGAGGGAGGCGUCCUCGGACAAGGCGGACGGCCUCUCCAUCCCCAACGGCGUCAUCGCGAACAGCUCCGGCUACAUCACCAACGGCUACGUCGGCAAGGGGGCGGACGACGGCAGCGGCUCGGAGAGCGGCUACACGACGCCCAAGAAGCGGAAGGGCCGCCGCAACAGCGCCAGGGGCUGCGAGAACUUGAACCCGGUGCAGGAACCGCCCGCGCCGCCAGAGCCGCCCGUGGCCGUCCCGGCCCCCAAGCAGGAGCCUGAGGGCUUCAAGGUGGACUGCGCCGAGCCCAAGCCGGGGAGCCACGCCGACGGCCUCAAGCCCGCCUGGAAGUGUGAGGCCGGGGGGCUGGGGGCGGGCCGCGGGAAGCCGGGUGUCGGGGAAGCACCGCGGAAGAACUCGGAUGCCAAAGUCGGGCUGGCCAGCAAGAAGUUCGAGGAUCGGCCCAAGGGGAAGCACGUGCCGCCGGCCGCCGCCUCGAAAGAGGACUCGUGGACCCUCUUCAAGCCGCCCCCGGUUUUUCCGGUGGACAACAGCAGCGCGAGAAUCGUGCCCAAGAUCAGUUAUGCAAGCAAAGUCAAAGAGAACCUCAACAAGGCCGCGCAGAACCCCGCCCCGUCCCUCUCCUCCUCCUCCUCCUCUUCCUCCUCCUCCUCCCUGUGCUCCUCGUCCGCGGUGGAAGCCCCCGUGCAGGCCCCUGGCCGCCUCUCGCAGGUCCCCAUGUCCGCCAUGAAGUCCGUGACGUCGGCCAGCUUCUCCAACGGGCCGGUCCUGGCAGGGGCCGACCGCGGCACGUGUCCGGCUGGGAGCCCCGCGCUGCUCGUUCCCGCGUCCGGCGCCGUCCUUUCGGCGGCCUCGGAGCUGCUUCCCCAGGAGGGGGGCCUGGCGCCGGGGGCCGCGGAGCCGCAGAAGUCGAGCCUUUUUAUCUACCCCUCAAAUAUGCAAGCCUUGCUCACGGCCGCCGCGCAGGCCGAGGCCCCGACCCCCGCGAGUCAGCAUAGCCUGGGCGACAUCUUCCAGAACCAGUGGGGUUUGUCGUUCAUCAACGAGCCCAGCGCGGGCCCCGAGGCGGCUGGGCAGAAGCUGCUGGACACGAAAGCGAUGGAGGUGAUAUUUCAGGGGGACGGCCCCGCCGUUCUGGGGCCCCCGGCGGCCGAGACGGCUCCCCUGGGCCCCGACCCGCCUGUGUUCCCCAAGGCUUACGAACUGGACAAACGGACUAGUCCGCAGCUCCUUGGCGGCCUGCUAAAGCUGGGGGUGUCCGGCGAGGGGGGCGGCUUUCUGCUGGAGCCCCAUCAGCCGGGCGGCUCGCGGCAGGCGGGACCCGGGGCCCCAGGGGCCUUCGUGUUCCUGGCCAAGGACUAUCACGUAGAGAACCGCCUGGCCUCCCCCACGAACAGUUUGUUAGCCUCCGCCGAAGAACAGAGGUACCAGAGAGGCCUAGAAAGAAGAGCGAGUUGGGGUGACUUUGACCUGCGGGCUGCCAUUCUGUAUCACACUCAAGAAAUGGAAAACCUCCGUAACCUGCAAAAGCAAGAUCCCAAGAGGAUACCCACUUACGACGAAGCCAUGGACCACCCCGACCAGUGAGAGGCGCACGGGGCCACUUGCCGGUGGUUCUCCUCAGCAACGGAGCCGUCCCUGGGAAGGGGGUUUGCAGAGGCGCCGUUUCAGAAAUUAAAUACGAGGCCGCGGCAUGACGAGACUUCACGAGGAACGGGGCAGAGGCACGCGUUCUGCGGUUAUUUAAACUUCAGUUCUGGAUUUCUCACCUCAUCCCCCAUCCUGCCUCUCUGUCCUUGGCCCCUGCCCUCUUCCAGCCCUGGAGGGGGGCACAGACUUGGCCCGGCCCGGCCCGGCCCCAGCUCCGGACUUCUGCGGGAGGGCACGGCUCGCCUCGUCGCUUUCCCGGGACUCUGCGGUCGACGGUAACACACUAACCACAGGGAAGGUGGAUCCUUGCCCCCCCCGCCGACCCCCACCUUCCCUCCAGCCUCACGCUCGCUUCUCCCCGAUUCCUACCCUCCACCGCCCCCGUUUUCGUUUUACUGGAAUGUUGCGGAAAAGAGGUGGAGCAGUGGGGCGGGCUCGAAACAUUGCCGUUUAAAAGGAAAAAAUCUCUCCCGCCCUUCGGCCGAGGCUGAAGUGGGGGGAAACCUGUCUUAAAAUGCGGCGCGCGUCAUUCCCCCCCCGCCCCCCAUUCACGGAAAAAUGUCCACCUGCAAUUCUGGAAAUCUACACAGACGCCAAAGCACUUGGUUCUACUCUGGGGCACCGAUGGGACACCUUCACAGCCACCGUCCGAAACUGGAUCGUGGGGGAGGGACGGACACUACAGAGACAUUCAGGGUCGGGGGGGGUGUGUGUGUGUAUGUGUGUGGAGAUUUUAAAAAGUACAGCAGCCCCAUUCCUAUCACGCGACACCCUCUUCCCCCGGGAGCAAGCCAAAAACAAGUACGUUCCAGUUUAUAGGUACCGUGUGUUUUUCCUUUGUCGGCACCGGAGGAUUCCCUUCCGGCCGGAUCCUCCGUCGCAAAGCUCACCCGCAAGGGAUCCGUGUUCUUGCGAACUUCAGACAGACUCACGAGUUGGUUCUCGGUGGAGAUUCGUUCUUCGAAGGGGAGGAAACACAGCCCUGGCCUUCUUUGCCCCAUCUCGCCGCCCUCCCUCCGGCUCGCUCCCGUUCGUGCUCUCAGUAGGAGCGCUGUUCCCCGGUCUUGACACUAACGGGUAACGGGGGACGCCGUCUCCCCGCCGUCUGCGAAUCUGUCUUCCCCCAGCCAGUUCUGCCCCGUGAAGGCAGAACCCGGAGGAGCGGGGCUGCUGGUGGCCGGUCGAGUCGAGGCAGUCCUCUGCCCCCUCCGGGUGCCCGUGUGGGGGGCUGGCCGCACAGGCGGUGGGACCUCCGUGCAGCGUCGGCUGGCCAGAGGAAGCCCUCUGACAGGGAUGGGAGGGCACCUGGCCAGCGGACAUGGCUUCGACGCGCCCCCUGGGGGGGGAGUGGCGGGGCUCCCCCACCCCACAGAACCGCCCUCCACCGCUUUGCACUUGGUGCGUGUGUGUGUGUCUUGCACAGGCCUCCAAAAGCCCCCUUUCGACGGCUUCUGUCCAAGCCCGCUGCUCGGGACAAGCCGAAAGUGAACGAAACCAUGCGCCCAGGGCCCGUGGCAAGACCGCGGGACUCCCUGCCCCCCCCCCCAGCCGUGGGGUUUCCUUCCCCGCCUCCCAGUAGGCUGUGGGGCUGCCCCCUCCGUCCUCUUGCGAAGCCUUCCCCUUAAACUCGCGUGCACGCAAGAUCCCCACCGCCCUGGUGGAUCGGGCCGGCGUGAGGCGGGCGGCUGGCUCCUCCGACCCCGGCGGGUGGGAGGGCGAGCGCCUCCGUGGCCUGCGCUGAGCCCCACGGCCGCCGCAGUCGGAGGCCCCUCACGGGGCACCCUGCUGCUCCCCCCCCGAGCCCCCCCUUUGCCCUUCCUAUGUCAGGAGCCCCCGGUUUUUGUGUGAAUUGGGGGGGGCACACGGAAAUAAUCCUAAUGUAUAUGGCAUAAUUAUAAUUUUCCCCGCUAGCUCAAGAGUAUUAGUACUGUAGCAUAAACCAAAUACAGGCAGUGUGUGUGCGUGCGAGCAAGCGUGCGUGCAUGCGUGAGCGUGCGAGUGGCGCGUCCCUCCCUGGGGUGGUCCUUGUGCGAGCCGCGGAGUCGCGCUCGGAUCUGUCCGCCUGCUCCUCUUCGGCACCGGGUCCUGCCGGCUUGCCCCCACUUGAAUCAGGCGCCCCGUCUAGAGCCGCGUCGCCUCUGCCCGGGAGAGGCCAGAGGGUUUCCAGGAAGGGCCUGGGAGCUCCGGUCCGGCGUGCUCGCGCCGCCUGUGUCUGCGUUUUCCUCCUUUCCGGUGCUUGGCACUUUGCACGGGCUGUGACGGAUCCCAGCGUGAAAGGGCCGCCGGGUGCCCUGAGCCGUGGGCCCGCACAGCCGCUGGCUACCACGUCGGGGAAACGCUCUUGCGGUGCUCGAAGCGGGUGCGGACGGCACCGCAGGAGCCCCUGCGCUCCUUGGUUGCCUCUGUUGUGAUUAUUCUUUUAUUUGGGGGGUAGUUUUUCAUGAUCAGGUUUUCUAAAAACACUCUUGGGCGAAGGCUCCCUUCUGGUAGAAUGACUUUUCUUCAUCCAUGUGUUAAUCCGGGCAACGACCAGAGUGUGUUAGAAAAAUUUUCUCGGUUUCAGACCUCCUGUUGUGUUGCAAGCCCAACAGAAUCGAACUGUCGAGGGCGGAAGGGCUCCGGCCGACCAAAACCAAAUCUCCGAAUCCAUUUCAGCAGCCCGCACCCCUUUUGCAAGGGCGCUGCAUGGACUCGGGUUCCGGGCAACUUCUUACAGGGGUCGCCGUCCUCGGCUUCCGUGGCCGUGGCAGCCUGGGUCUCUAACGCAGCGCCCCCAGCGAGGCCCGGCCUGGGACCACAGUGCAUCCUGGCUCCUCAGGCGCCUUGCAGGACCGGCCUGGGCAAAAUCCAUGUUUCUUAACGGUCCGUGGAGCCCAGUUUCCUGGGCUUGUGUCACCCUGGUGGCGAACGCAGACGUAGCUGAGUUUGUGGCAUCCUCAGCUCCGGUGUGGAGUCGUGGCCUCGGAGUCGUUUCCCCUGCAUCCAGAAGGUUCAAGUUGUCUCGCCAGGGUGUGCUGGCAGUAAGCCCUCUAAGUGAAAACAGGCAGUUGGGAUGCCGUUGCUUGCGUUCGAGGCCUGCCCGCCUUGGCCCCGUCCCCCAUGGGAAUGCGGCCUUGGAAUUUCCCUGGAAUUUCGCUUGGCCCUCGGGCUGGUUAAAGGGCCCUCUCCUUUAACUCCCCUGGGGAGAAGGCUCGGUUUGGCUGGGGAAGCGGGCCGGGUUCCCGUGCUCCGUUCGGAAGUGGUGGAGCGCCCACCCCUCUUGGCCUCCGUCGUGCUUGUUCGGCACGGGUCUGGUGCACGUCCGGCGGCCCUGCUGCCUCGGCUCAGUCGCCCCUGAGUCGUCGUCUGGCACCACCACCCUGGCAAUUUCGGGAUCUUUUGGGGAGCACGGGUGGCGACAGAGGCCUGCAUGGCCCUUUUAGGGAGAAAGCGUCUGGAGGCUGGCCGAUGCUUUCCGGCACCUUUGCGACGGGACCUGGCUGCCGUCGCCACGUCCUCCUCCCUCUUCGCCGAUCUCUUGCGUGCGACGCACCUUUCCCGGGGGCGGCCGUGUCUUUAAUAUCUAAGCACACCUGACGGCAUCGGGGCCAGUCGGGCCGUGCAGGGCGAGUCUGUGUCGCCGGCCCGCACGAGAGCUGCCCACCGAAAAGGCGCGCGGUGUCUUACCUGAGCCAGGUGCAGAACCUGCCGGCUCGCAGCGCGCGGCUUUCUGCCGUAUCCGUGCGGCUGUGGGCAGACCGUGCUGCUCCGGGAAGAUCGCGGCAGCCAGCCCUGGACUCCCAGGUGUGAGUCCACUUGUACAUUACCUUUCGGGGCAACGCACCGUGUGGGCUCGGCGUGUAGGGUGUCGCGUUGGAGGGGAAGCGGUGCGCCGCCCCCCGUCGUACUUGUGCGGGGUCUUAGUUUAGUUGGGCAGCGAAUGCGGGGAGGGGGUGUUGGGAAAGGGCGGGCCCUCCGCGCCGAGGGUCGUCCGGGACCCGUCGAACCCCACAUGGACCCUGGUUUUUUUUUAAUCUCCGCCCCAUCCUUGGUGUACGGGCCCACGAGGGCGUGUCGGCAUCUCCGGACACCUGCCUCUCUUCGUGUGCGUGUGCCUGCAUCAGCUUUGCGUGUGUUGAAAUUCUAAAAAAAAAAUGCCUUUUGCACACUUGGGUUUCUCUGAAGCUCAUUUGGGUGAGUGGGAGAGACGUUUAGUUCUUAAAGCAGAUGAAAUAAAAGUACAUCUUACAAUAACAGGAGCCAAAUCCCGUCUGUGUUUCGUUGCUCAAAGUGACCCGUUGCUUGACCUCCUCUGUGUUUACUUGGGACGGGGUCUGUGCUAAUUCGGAGGGGCCCGGUGGCCCCAGGAAGCCUCUUUGAGGACUGAACCUUCGGGGUGCUUCUAAGAAAUGUGUUUGUGUUAACUUAACAUAUCGGGGACUUCUCCGAUAUACUGAUCAGUCGGGAAUUGCGGUGGGUGUGCUCCCUCACCCGUUACCCCAGUAUUGGAGCGUGAAUUGGGUUUAAGUUACCCCCUCCGUCGUUUCUCUCUUGGCUGGGUCACCCGCUCCUUGCAAACGUUGGAAAUCUUUCUUCUCGCCCCUCUCCAGAGCCGCAGCGGAUCUCUGUUGCAUCUGCACUCUGUAGUUUCGGCCCUGAGAUUUUGGGGGGUUCUGUGCGUGUGCACUUGGCUUGCAGGUGUCCCUUUUGCAAAAGCGAGGCGCAACCCUCGAACGCAGCCGCUCUGCACAGCUCGGUAUCCUCAUGUUGUGUGUGCAGAGUCCAAAUUCCAGAGCGCUCGAUGCGUCGAGGCCCCGAGGCCGCUUUGGUCCGGUGCGCCGAAUCUCUCCUCUCCUGUCCAGGCCACCUUUCCCCACACGAGUGCAAUUCACAGCAUCCCCAGCCAGCCCGGCCGUGGGAUGGUGGCGUUUUGUGCGUGUGACCCUUUGAUCCCCUGCCCUGCCCCUCCCCAUUUUAUCUGACCACCCAGCCAAGAAAGAGUGGCUCACACCACCGCAGUCUCCCACCCACGGUGCUCACGGGGUCGUGGCCAGGCGCCCGGAGCCCACGAAGGGCUCCUCACGCUGCUCCCUGCGCUUUGGAAGCCUCCCGUUUGGUCGGUUCGUUUCGGGAGAGGAGGCCCAUCCUCUUACUCUCUGGCCACAUCUGUCUGGCUUGCUUUGGACCAGGGCAGAGAGGGGCCCAGUCCGCUGCCCGCCACUUCCGUUUCCAGGGACAGCCUUCCUCUGAAGGGGUCAACACAGUGGCGGGCAGUGAAGCUCCCCCCUUCCCUGCUCGGGGUCCAGAUUUUGCACCCGGCUCGUUCAGGCCACAACUGUGUCCCCACCACGUGCCCAGAGCAGUGUGGUUAGUAGCCGGUGUGGCGAGGUGUUGGUUUUGGCCAAGGUGUGGGGAACGGCGAUGCCCGUCUGCGUAGCCCGUGGGAAGUUCGGGGGUUUCCCUUUCCCUGCCCCCCGUUUUUCCCCCCGAGGGUUGGCUUGGGGUGGGCAUCCGACUAUUCAGACUGGUCUUUCUCUGGAAGGAGGAACUGGGUUUGGGGUGGGCGAAGGGCCUCAAAGCAUCAGAAAUUCCCUUCUUAGCACAACCUCCGUUAGGGCUGCUCAAGCCGGGUCAAUUCUGUCCACUAUGAUAUCCAAAUCUCUCUCUUGCUCUCUCUCUUUUUACAUACAAGGUCAUGUUUGAAUUCUAUUCCACAACUGUUCUUAAAUGUUAUCAGUUUCCCACCCACCCACGCUGAGAAAAAUCUAUUUUAUAUUUUAAUGAAAGAAAAUAAAACUAAAAACGGGAGAGAUGUCUGUGUAGAACAAAUAAAUUAAGAGAGAUGCUACAUGAUGUAAAUUGUUGAAUAAACAUUUAAGCUUC